AUGUCCAACCUACCAAUAAUUCAAGAGCUUACGACUAACCUGAGGUCUUCUAAAGCACAAUUACAAUCAGUUGAACAGCAAUUAGCUCUUUUAGAGAGACAAGAGAAACUAGCCAAAGUGGUUACAGAAGAGUUGAAAUCAUAUGGAACCGAUAAAGUAUGGAGGUCUUGUGGGAAAGCUUUUGUCUUACAAGACAAAUCUAAAUACGUUGAUGACUUGAAGCAUGACGAAACUGUCGUUAAGGAGCAAACCAAGACAUUGGAGAUAAGAAAGAAUUACUUGGAGACGACUGUUGAAAAGAUAGUAGAUAACCUACGAUUAGCAGCAGGCAAUCAAAAGUGA